CAUACUCUGUGACAGACUACACAUUUUCUCUGCAUAGGGAGCUUCAUACUGUAUAAUUUAACUUCAAAGAGGCAGAAGGCAUAAUCGAGAAAGGGGAAAAAAGAGAGAAAGAAGGAGGGGAUGAUACUUCAUACAGCAACAGAAGAAGGAGAGCAGAAAUCAAAACUAUGAGCGAGAUGCAAGACGUGUCAGACUGGGAGGUUGUCGUGGACACCGUGAGCAUGACGGACAGCGCGUCUGGGAGGCACUACCACGUCCUGGGGAUAGAGCACCACCCGCGCUUUUCAUCAGAGAGCAACGACUACGACCUGGGCCUCAUCCACACCACCGCUGAGAUAGAGAUGAAAGGUGGGGUGUGGCCGGUGUGUUUGCCCAGCCCAGGCGAGUCCUUCCCUCCUGGCUCUCGCUGCUGGGUGACAGGCUGGGGGUACACCCACGAGGGGGGUUCGGUAUCCACGUCCCUGCGGCAGGCAGAGGUGCAGGUCAUCAGUCAGUCCCAAUGCUCCCAGCCCUCAGUGUAUGGCGGCUACCUCACCACCCGCAUGAUGUGUGCGGGGAGGAUGGAGGGAGGGGUGGACUCCUGCCAGGGGGACAGCGGGGGCCCCCUGGUGUGUGAGACGGGGGCAGGGGACUGGAGGCUGGCCGGGGUGGUGAGCUGGGGCGAGGGGUGCGGCCGGCCCAACAAACCCGGCGUCUACACCAGAGUCACACAGCUUCUCCUCUGGCUGUACCAGUACAUACAGACAGGCUCAGAGGAAGGGUCUGCACCAGGCAUGGAAGGUUCCCUUCACUGAUGCUCAGAAGACCUGCGCUGCAAAACUUACUUAUUUAUUUAUUCAUUUGUUAUGGAAAUAUUGUUCACGCAGUAACUCAAUAUUAAAGGUGAUAUAAUCCCCAUUUCUGCUUCAUGUUUUCAUUAACAAGCAUACUUAUUCACAUGAAACUGAUUAGGCUACCAAUCGCUGUAUUCAUCUUUUGGUAACAAACUGGAUUGGUGAAACAUUU